AUGGAUAUCAUUCGUUUGAUCAUCGGCUUCUUCUUCAAUUUGGAAGUGUGGAUCGUCCUUCUUAUGAAUAUUUUUGUGUUCGUAUGCAUGAUUAAAGGUCGACUCUUCUGGAUAGAGGAUAAUCCUGUCUACGUUUUGGUAGGCUUUAGCAUUCUAUGCGAAACCUGCCAAGUACUUCUUCACGCGUUCUUUAUAGGACCGUCGUUCGUCAGAGGAGAUUUUUUGUUCGGAGGGUUGGAUACGGCCAGUGUCAUAUCCAUAGACACACUAUUUAUCAGUUUCUGGUAUAUGGGAUCGCUUGUUCAAAUACUUUUGGCCAUAAAUCGGCUUGCUGUGGUUUACUUUCCAAGCGAGGCCUUCUUCACCCAUCGUCGGGUACUGGUUCUGAUUGCUUUUUGUUGUAUGGCUACUGUAGGUAUUACUAUGUAUACGCAGUUCAUUUUGCCCUGUUGCCGGAUCGUUCCCAAUCCUAAGAUCUACAGUUACUCAUACUCGGCCGUUUCAAAUCAGACUUAUAAUUUUGCUAUGGCUCAUGUCGAUAUCCCACUUUUCCUCACCACAUCAGCCUUAGCUGGCAUCUCCUACUUUGCUUUUUUCAAACACAUCAUUGAUACUGGAGGAGGAGCAGGGUCGAAGGGACUGAAAUAUGCUCUACAGUUUCUGCUGAUGUUCCUGACCUAUACUAUUUCAUGGUUGGCGUUCUUCUUAUUUCCCAUCAUGGGCGUCCAAACUUCUGAAGCAUAUGUCCCAACUGCUGUUACUCUUGUAGCAAACUGUGGAACGAACUCCGUCGUCUAUCUCGUCGUGAACAGAGAAGUCCGUUACGCAGCAAAUCAGUUUCUCAGUGCAGUUGGGUUUAGUCACGCUCGAAAAGUAAUUCGAAAAGAAAAGUUUAUGACUCCUAACAAAGUACAUCCACGAAACCUGGAAAAGUUCUAG